CUACCGUCGGAUAUGCAAAUAAUGGGAUUGCCUCAUACAAUACCCUAUGCGGACUUUUUUUUUGUUGAGCGGCGCCGUUAGUUUUAAGCGAGCGGGCUGUCCGACCGAUUGUUCUCGGGCUUUCUUCCCUUCUUUGGUCGGAGAGAUGGCGGACGCGACGGCUGCGCCGGCUGCGCCGGCGAAGGAGGAGGCGGCGGAGGAGAAGACGGUGAUGGUGGUGGGGAUCGACGACAGUGAGCACAGCUACUACGCCCUGGAGUGGACCCUCGAGCACUUCUUCUCCCCCAAAGUCCGCGGCCCGAACCCGGCCUUUAGGCUCGUCAUCGUCCACGCCAAGCCCUCCCCCUCCUCCGUCGUUUCCCUCGCCGGCCCUGGUGCGGCGGACGUGCUGCCGUUUGUGGAUGCGGAUCUCCGGAAGAGCGCGGCGAGGAUCGUGGAGAAGGCUAGGGAGGACUGCGUGGCCAAAUCGGUGAGCGCACUGUUUGAAGUGGUGGAAGGAGAUGCAAGGAAUGUUCUCUGUGAGGCAGUAGAAAAGCAUCAUGCUGAUAUGUUGGUUGUGGGCAACCAUGGGUAUGGAGCAAUAAAAAGGAACAGUGAACAACUUUAUGGCAAUGCCAAUGACAUAUCAACGUGGGCAUAACUUGUGUAACGGGAAAAUUUAUGGGCAGUUUUGGGUAGUGUGAGUGAUUACUGUGCUCAUCAUGCUCACUGCACCGUGAUGAUAGUGAAGAAACCCAAGUCAAAGCAAAAGUGAUUUAGCCAACAAGCUGGCGAUGCAGUCUCCAUCACCGUGUAUCCAAUAAAAUUCCUACGUAUUAGCAAGUUACACAUGCGCGACCUAUGCAUUAUAUACCUGAUGCUUCUGCGAUGCUCUUUAUAUAUGUAGCACUGUUUGUGAGUUGAAUCAAGUUCAUCAUUUUAUCCCUUCUUAAAUUUUCUUUUCACUUGGACAUUGUACUUGUUGUUAGUGAACUUUGGUGCUUGCUAUGCGAGAAAACUGGGUGUUUGUUCCUCCCAA